AUGGUGACGGAACAUCAGGAUGAAACCACUCCAGACAUGUCCGAGAGCUCCGAGCGCCAUGGCCAGCCGAUGGAGAUCUCGGCGGUUUACUAUGAGGAGCCUAUUCUGACCAAGUUAAUAAUAGAGAGCUAUGAGGGAGAGACAAUACGAGGUCUUUACGAAGGUGUUGGAACUGCCCAUUUCCAAGGAGGCCAUGUUUACCAAGGCAUGUUUUCUGAAGGUCUAAUGCAUGGUAGAGGCACUUAUACGUGGAAGAAUGGAACAAAAUAUGAAGGAGACUUUUCAAUGAAUACCCCUACAGGCCAUGGCACCUACACAUGGCCUGAUGGCAGCACCUAUGUUGGUGAGGUUGUAAAUGGAAUACGUCAUGGAGAAGGAAUAUUCACAAGUCCUGACCAAUUAAUUUCUUACACAGGAGACUGGCACCAAGCCAAAAGACAUGGGAAGGGCACUGUAUACUUCAAUCAAGAAGGAAGCUCAUGGUAUCAAGGUGACUGGGUAAACAAUGUCAGGGAAGGCUGGGGUACAAGGCGGUAUAAGAGUGGGAAUGUUUAUGAAGGGCAAUGGAAAUGCUUUCAACGCCAUGGGGAAGGCACCAUGAGUUGGAUUUCUACCAAUGAAGAAUACACAGGGCAGUGGCAAAAUGGUUUACAGCAUGGAUUUGGUACUCACACCUGGUUUCUGAAACGGGUUCCAGGUAGUCAAUAUCCCCAGAGGAACCAAUAUGUAGGGGAGUUUGUAAUGGGAGCCCGGCAAGGGCAGGGCAAGUUCUUCUAUGCUAAUGGAGCAGUGUACUCUGGAGAAUGGGUGGCAAAUAAGAAGCAUGGUUUGGGAACAUUCAUGUUGAAGAAUGGCCGUACUUUUGAAGGAAAGUUUUUGGAAGAUCAUAUGGUAGAGUUUCCUGAACUUUCAAUAACUGGAAUGAAGACACCGGACCUUGGUACAAUGCAAACCAAAUUGUUGCUUGAAACUGAUAAUAUCAAGGGAAGUAUUUCAAAGGGUGUCAUUAAAUCAGUUCUGGAACGCAACGUGGAACUUGAUAUUGCUUCACUUUUGGCGAUGAUUCCAAGCGAAGAUGUACAAAAUGAGCGAAUGCAGCUAGAGUACACUACUCUUCGAUAUUUAUCAGAACUGAGGAAAAUAUACAUUUUCUACAGUAGCCUGGGACAUCAGCAAACACUGGAUAAUACUUUCUUAAUGAGCAAACUCCAGUUCUGGCGCUUUCUGAAAGAUUGCAAACUUCAUCAUUAUGCCCUGAGUCUGGCUGACAUGGAUAGGAUCCUUAAUGGAAAAUUUACUACCCUGGAGGAAACUCACUCUCCAUUUGAUACAUUGUUGCUGGGGAAGUUCCUGAGCUAUAUUAUUAUCCUGGCAUACCAUAUUUACCACAAGACGCAUGAAGGCCCAGCAUCAUUACUUGCUGCAUGUUUUUCUAAGGUAGUGACCAAUAACAUUAUUCCUUAUGCCUGCAAAGUUAACGGGAAUUUGUUUAAAGAAAAUCAAUGCAUUGUAAUUGUACUUGGCUAUAUAAAUAAAUGCUGGGAGGUGUACAGAGUCCACUGCAUACAAACUCGUAGGCCGCCUAACACCUAUAUCAUGACAAUGAGACACUUCAUAUGGAUGCUCAAGGAUCUAAAUUUAUUUAGCAAGGAUUUAACAGCAACCCAGGUAGUACGGAUCUUGUCUGAGGAUAACCCAGCAGUAUCUGAUGGAACUUAUAACAACAUGAACAUCGAGAUGGUUUUCUUGGAGUUUUUGGAAGCACUUCUUAUGUGUGCAGCAGUGUAUGUGACUAAAAGAUUGCUUGAGAAUUCAGAAGCAUCUUCUAGAACCUCCAUUGAGGUGAAUGUAAUACACAUAGCAAGUGAUAUAUCUUUACAAACGACCCAAGCACCAUCAGACCAGCUUGUUACCCGAGAAUCAUCAAUAGCAGAACCAAAUGGACAAAGUGCAAAACCCAUUACAAAGAAACGCGGAGAGUCCACUCGGAAGAAAAGUAAAGCUCCUACCUCAUCAGCUGAAAGGUCUUCGAAAUCAUCUGCCCAUCAUGCAAAUCAUGGUAAAGCAGGUACAAACUCUGCAAAGAAUGCUCCAAAAGAUGAGGAACAAAGUCAAAGAAUAGCUCAAUCGACACCUUCAAUGGAGAGUAACAAAAAGCAAUCCAAAAUCCCUCUGAGUGAAAUAGAAAAGAACCCUUCUGAAAACAUUCCAGAAGAAAAAUCUCCUUCAGGAAAGACCCCUCUAGAAAACAUUCCAGAAGAACAGUCUCCAAUCAAGUCGGGUGCUGAACUGGAAUUGUGGUUGAGCCAAGUUUAUUUCUUCUUUGUGAAGAGGUUGUUUCCAGCCCAUGAUCAUGCUGAAAUUCUGAAAGUGGAGGCAAAGAGGGACAUCGUGCGACAGAAUGAGCUGGCUCGCCAGGCUAUGAUAAAGGCUGCAACAAGAGCUAGAUUGAAAGAGGAAGCCACGAAACUAGAACAAGAGGACACUGAUCUGCUUUUGAUUGUACAAAGUCCUGGAGAACAAAGUGAGGAUAAUGAUAAACCCACUUAUCCAGUGCAGAAAACACCCACAGAUGUUGCCCAUUUAGUGCCAAGUAGAAACAGUAGUGGAAACAAAAAAAAGAAAAAGUCUCUAUGA